CAGCACUUAAACUUGAGGACCGGAUAAACAAGCGAGUACCUGAUCUGUUCAGCAGUGGGCAAGCGACUUCCUAUUUUUAGGCCUCGACCCUCAUUGCUAUGGGUAUGCGUCUUCUCAUUCCGGCAAGCCAGUUGCAGUUCACCAACUGGUGAUUUGUUGUCCGCCAGAAUCUCCAAUCGGUCCAUCUCCAACCUCCCCCGCCUGCGCAAUGCAUCAGGCUCAAGAUUUGCAACGCAAACAUGCAGGCGUUCUGAUUUGGGUGCUAGGGAUGAUCAUCAUCCAAUGGGGCGACGUCAUGGCCUGCGACAGCCUCUGAGUUCCCCUUUCUGUGGGCUUGGUCAGUGCUUCACAGCCUCGUGUUUCGGCUUAGACGCGAUGGUGGAUCUCGCGCCUGGGGCAUGGGACAACAUAAGAAGUUGCGAGAUUUCCGGCGCGUCCUCGCUCAGCAGCACCUGACCAUUUUCCUGCCAUGCCUGUCAUCGCCAAUACCCCCGAAGCACUUCUCGGCCGCACAGACUCCCUAGACCCCAAUACAACAUGUCAGGGGCUGACCAACAGUGGACGACCAUGCCGGCGGGCGCUCGCCGAUCCAGCGGACCGGUAUUGCUGGCAGCAUAAGGACCAGGCCGUGGCGGCGGAUUCCCCGGGGACCAGCACGCCAUCCUUCAACCCCAACAAGCCCCGAACGAGCAUCGACACCCUGCUGGACCGAUUAGGGGUGCUCAACAUCAACGAGGCGCCGGCGGGGUCCGAAAAAUGGCGCCCGCGGCCCAACAAGCCACAGAAGCGACAGAAGAAACGGACCAUCUGCUGCUGCUUCGAGGUGAUCGAGGAGGAAGACAUCCGGCCGCCGCGACCUGUCAGCAGCGGCAGGCCGCCGUCGCGACCAGCGGCCGUGCCUCAAGCCAACCUGCUCUCCCCGAACCAGAUCCCGACGCGGCCGUCCCCGCAAACAGCACACAACUACUCGUCCUCGUCGUCCGGGAUCCCGGACUCGUGGAUCCCACCGAACCUGAGCCCGGAGACGACGUCGACGCUGGCAGCCGAGCUCGAAAAGCCGAUCUCCGAGGCCGACGAACCCGGCUAUAUCUACAUGUUCUGGGUGACGCCCACCACCGCGGAUGGAGAUGGCACUCGCGGACCCCCACCAGCCGAAGUAGCCAGCUCGCUGCUGCCACCGGGGAAGUCUGCGCCGGGCCGCGAGCGCCGGGUCAGCGACGCGAUCGGCAAGGCGCGGGAUCUCCGCGCGCUGGCAUCCGCGCCCAGCGGCACCAGCCCGGGCACGAUCCGCCUGAAGAUUGGACGGGCGAACAACGUCCAGCGGCGGCUGAACGAGUGGUCGCGCCAGUGCAGCCACCACCUCACGCUGAUCCGGUACUACCCCUACACGCCGUCGACGCCACACGUGUCGCCGUCGCCGUCGCGGUUCGGCGGCGGCGACGCGCACGACAACGCCGCGCUCGAGCCGGGCCGGAAGGUGCCGUACGUGCACCGCGUGGAGCGGCUGAUCCACCUGGAGCUGGGCGACGUGCGGGUGCGCGACAUGGGCAAGUGCCCGGACUGCGGCAAGGAGCAUAAGGAGUGGUUCGAGGUGACGGCGGAGAAGAGCUCGUUGAAGCGGGUGGACGAUUGCAUCCGGCGGUGGGUGAAAUGGGCGGAGACGCAAGAGAAGCAGCGAAGCUAGAUUUUGGGAAGUGUGAGUCUGAGUCUGCACUGCAUUAUUUGAACCAUCCACCAGCCAGCCAGCCAGUCAGCUAGCAGAAUUAAUAUACCCCGACAAUGUAGAACAUACAAUUCCAU